UUCGCGGCUGCACGUUCUCUCACCGCACCGCAGCCAACGGCCGCAACUUGUAGAAAGCGCGCGCGUGACAUUUUAUCUUCCUAUUCCAUUCGAAUUUAUUAUAAACAUUUAGUGUACUUACUAUCCACGGGAUUAUACAAUAGUAGGUUAAUUAAAAAUAUUGGUGACAGAAUGUACAGAAUCUUUGAAUUGAAACUUUAAAUCAAAACUAUGAUUACAUAUUAUCAGAACUAGAGAUUAAUACUGUGCAAUUCAACUGACAUUAUCUACUGAACUGUGCCAUUUGCAUCUACGGAACUCGAGCGUUUGAAAUCAAGUGAAAGCCCGUAAUUUCCUUCAUUUGUGUCUCAGUCCGAGUUAAGUGGUAAAACAAAGAAGAGUUCACAAACAAUGGAUCACCUGUUCCGUCAGAGGAGGAUUAGCGUGCCUAAGCGGACUAGCGAGUUAGUGGCACUAGUGGCGGUGUCAUGCACUCUGUUCCUGUUUCUCCAUACUCGAGAUCUGAGUACUAAGCUCCGGCGUAUGCAGGGACGCCUUAACGAUGACAUCACAGCCUUCAACCACCUCACAGACAGAAUCCAGACAGACCGCACAGAGCACGUGUUUGCAUCCGCACAAGAGUACAAAGAAGCUCUAGAAGCAAUACGGAGAAAUACCGGAGCUGAACGCAGUAAACCGCAGCGUACUCUUGAAGCACAGUCCGAGGAUUCUCGAGAAGAAGAUGGACAGGAGUACUUGAAUGAGGUGCUGGUACCGGAACCUUGGGAGCUGAACAACACCGCGCGUGCUGGUGUCGAACUGCUGUUCUUCAACCGGGUGCCAAAAGUCGGCAGCCAAACUUUCAUGGAAUUGCUGCGACGCCUAUCCAUCAAAAACCAAUUCGGUUUUCACCGUGACGCGGUGCAACGUGUGGAGACAAUCCGCCUCGCGCCGCCCGAUCAGGAAAUACUGGUGAACUUGGUGUCAGCUCACGAACCACCUGCCUCCUACAUAAAGCAUGUUUGCUAUACUAACUUCACCAGGUACGGUUACCCGUCUCCAAUUUACGUGAACGUGGUACGGGAUCCGGUGGAGCGUGUCAUCUCGUGGUACUACUACGUGAGGGCACCUUGGUACUACGUUGAAAGAAAACGGGCCUUCCCAGACUUACCGCUGCCUGACCCUGCCUGGUUGAAAAAGGACUUCGAGACAUGUGUGUUGAGCGGCGAUCGCGAGUGUCGCUACUUGGAGGGCGAAACUCAUGAGGGCAUCGGAGAUCACCGCCGGCAAACACUCUUUUUCUGCGGACACGAGCCGCAGUGCACGCCAUUCAAUUCCGCUGCAGCGCUACAACGUGCUAAGCGCGUGGUAGAACAGCAAUAUGCGGUGGUGGGUGUACUCGAGGACAUGAACUCUACGCUUCAAGCGCUGCAGGCGUAUAUACCCAGGUUCUUCGACGGCGCUUUAAAACUUUAUUGGGAGGAAUUAAACACAUUCAACCGGAUCAACCGCAAUGCAUUCAAACCGCCCGUCUCCGAGGCCGUUAAACAAAUAGUGCGAGCCAACUUCACCCGAGAAAUUGAGUUCUAUGAGUUUUGCAAACAAAGGUUACAUAUGCAACUAAGGGCAUUACGGGAUCCCACUAUAACCCUCCCAACAACCACCAGAAGUCUUAGAAGGCGGCGGGCCCACCGAUUAGUGGGGAGAGCGUAACUAAGGACUUGAUGGGAUACCCAUCUGUGUAGACUAUCUGUGAAUUUAGUUAGUAAAGGACAAUAUGCCUUCGUUUUGUAAGAAGUUAUUAUUCUCCAUGUUUCUCGUGGCAUAGUUAAUUUAUGUCUGUGACAAUGGUAAGCAUUUUGUAAUAUUGUAAACGGAA